AAUGCCUGCACCCAGUUCAACAAGAUGGUGGACGUCCUGAACGGCAUGCCCCCAGCAGAGGGCUGGCACCACCAGCUGUCCUCUGCCACCAGGACGUUUGGGUGGAGCCACGGGCGCGUCAAGAAGCUGCUUCGCGACAAGGAGUGGACCAAGGCCGUCUUCCUGCGGGACCCACUGGAGCGGUUGGUGUCGGCGUGGCGCAACAAGUGCAGGCACGGGGCGGAGGAGUGCAGGUUGCCGGGCGGUUGCUCGAACUGCAUCGACGGCGAUUUCAAAGCGGCCGUGGAGAAGCUGGACAGCGCCGAGGACGAACACUGGGUGAAGCAGAGCUGGUUCGGCGGCGGACUGCCGAGCUCGAUCGAGGGCUACGACUUCGUCGGGCACACGUCGAAGAAUUUCAGCGACAUGCACGCCCAGGUGGUUGCGAUGCUGCGGCUGGCGCUGGCACGAAACUCCGACAAGUCGCGGGUGAUCGUCCAGGCCAUCCCUGGGCACAAUUGCUCGGGCCACGCCGAUCAGGCGCUGUGCAUCUCCACAUGGCUCGCGGACACCUACCUGGCGCCGUCGGAAGACAGCGACUGGCACGAGGCGUUCUUCGCUGGCUACCGCGCCUCCCACCAGCCCAGCCUGGCGCGGACGGUCAAGGACCGGGGGCUUGAAGGGUAG